UCCAUUGUCGCCCUGCAAGCUGCAUCAGGCUUUAUCCUCCUUGUUCCUUUGGUGAACCAGGUUCACUAAAACUUGCAAAAAGAUGACCAAUCUUUUGAGAAGUGUUGUCACUGUCAUUGACGUUUUCUACAAAUAUACUAAGCAAGAUGGGGAGUGUGGCACGCUGAGCAAGGAUGAGCUAAAGGAACUUCUGGAGAAAGAGUUUCGUCCAAUUCUGAAGAACCCAGAUGAUCCAGACACAGUGGAAGUCAUCAUGCAUAUGCUGGAUCGAGAUCAUGACCGAAGAUUGGACUUCACUGAGUUUCUUCUGAUGGUAUUCAAGCUGGCUAUGGCCUGCAACAAGGUUCUCAGCAAAGAAUACUGCAAAGCUUCAGGGUCAAAGAAGCAUAAGCAUGGUCGCCAAUACCAAGAGGAAGAAAGUGAAACAGAAGAGGAAGAAGAGAAUACAUCAGGACGGAAAUCAGGUUACAGAUAUUCAAGUUGGAGAGAGGGAGAGGAGCAUGGUUACAGUUCCGAGGGCUCGAGGGGAACUGCGAAACACAGACGUGGGUCCAACUCCAGGGCGCGGGGAAGGCAAGGUGCUUUAUCUAGUUCAGGGAACCAAGAGAGAUCUGAGAAAAGGCGCCAUAGGUCUAGCUCUGGUCACUCAUGGAGUAGUGGCAAAGAAAGACAUGGUUCCAGCUCCGGAGAGCUUGGGAAAAGAAGAAACAAGUCACGUGUUAGCCCCUCUAGGGAAUCUGGGGAGGAAUAUGAAUCUGGAUCUGGAUCAAAAAGUGUGAAAAGGAAAAGUCAUAGUGGUCUGUCACAUGGACUGGAUGCUAGUGAACAUGAAUCAAACUCUACUCAGUCAAGGAGUAGAGGACGAAAGCUUGGUUCUAGCUCUAGAGGCUCAGGAGACAGUGGAAGGCAGAGCCAUCCAUGUGGUUCCAGUAAUUCAAGUUGGUGUGGAAGGCCACAAAAUGCUUCUAGUUUUGGUCAGGCAGAUAGAUUUGGAGGGCAAGGAAAUCAAUCUAGCUGUACCCAGUCAGGUUAUCAACCAGGAAGUAGUGGAGGACAAGCUCAUGGAGGUGUCUCAGGAGGUCAGUCCUCUGGAUAUGGUCAACAUGAGCCUAGCUCCUGUAGCCAGUCUUCCAGUCAGAGAGGAUGUGGAUCUAGAGCACGUGGUCAACCACAGAGCUGUAGAGGACAACAAGGAACAGGUUCAAGUCAAUCCUCCAGCUGUGGACAAUAUGGGUCUGGAGAAAGUCAGUCUUCUAGUUAUGGUCAGCAUGGAUCUAGUUCCUAUGGACAGUCUUCUAACUCUCAUCAACAAGAGUCUGGUUCAAAUGAAUUUUCUAAAUGUAGUCAACACAGGUCUUGCUCUGGUCAGUCCUCUGGCUUUGGACAAUAUGAGUCUGGCUCAGGUCAGUCGUCUGGCUUUCAACAACAUGGUUCUGGCUCAUGUCAGUCCUCUGGCUUUGGCCAACAUGGGUCACACUCAAGUCAGUCCUCUAACUUUGACCAACAUGGGUCAAGCUCAUGUCAGUCCUCUGGCUUUGGCCAGCACAGAUCUGGCUCAGGCCAGUCCUCUAGCUCUCGACAAUAUAGAUCUGGCUCAGGUCAGUCCUCUGGCUUUGAACAAUAUGGGUGUGGCUCAGGCCAGUCCUCUCGUUUUGGCCAACAUGGAUCCAGUUCAGGUCAGUCCUCUGACUUUGGACAACAUGAGUUCGGCUCAAGCCAGUCCUCUAGUUUUGGCCAACAUGGAUCUAUCUCAGGCCAGUCCUCUAGCUCUGGACAAUAUAGAUCUGGCUCAGGUCAGUCCUCUGGCUUUAGACAACAUGGGUCAGACUCAGGUCAGUCCUCUGGCUUUGGACGACAUGGGUCAGGCUCAGGUCAGUCCUCUGGCUUUGGACAACAUGAGUCCAGCUCAGGUCAGUCCUGUGGCUUUGGACAACAUGGGUCUAGCUCAGGUCAAUCCUCUAGUUUUGAAAAACACGAGUCUAGGUCAGGGCAGUCUAGCUAUGGCCAACAUGGGUCUGGCUCAGGCCAGUCUUCUAGUUUUGGCCAACAUGGAUCUAACUCAGGCCAGUCCUCUAGCUGUGGACAAUAUAGAUCUGGCUCAGGCCAGUCCUCUGGCUUUGGACAACAUGGGUCUGGCUCAGGUCAGUCCUCUGGCUUUGGACAACAUGAGUUCAGCUCAGGUCAGUCCUGUGGCUUUGGACAACACGAGUCUAGCUCAGGUCAGUCCUCUGGCUUUGGACGACAUGAGUCUGGCUCAGGUCAGUCCUCUGGCUUUGGACAACAUGGGUCUAGCACAGGUCAGUCCUCUGGCUUUGGACAACACGAGUCUAGCUCAGGUCAAUCCUCUGGCUUUGGACAACGUGGAUCUAGCUCAGGUCAAUCCUCUGGCUUUGGACAACGUGGAUCUAGCUCAGGUCAAUCCUCUGGCUUUGGACAACAUGGGUCUAGCACAGGUCAAUCCUCUAGUUUUGAAAAACACAAGUCUAGGUCAGGGCAGUCUAGCUAUGGCCAACAAGGAUCUGGCUCAGGCCAAUCCUCUAGCUCUGGACAAUAUAGAUCUGGCUCAGGUGAGUCCUCUGGCUUUGGACAACAUGAGUCUGGCUCAGGCCAGUCCUCUAAUUUUGGCCAACAUGGAUCUAGUUUAGGUCAGUCCACUGGCUUUGGUCAACAUGGGUCCAGCUCAGGUCAGUCCUCUGGCCUUGGACAACAUGGGUCUAGCUCAGGUCAGUCCUCUGGCUUUGGACAAAAUGGGUCAGGCUCAAGUCAGUCCUGUGGCUAUGGCCAAUAUGGGUCUGGUUCAGGUCAGGUUCAUAGGCAACAAAGGCAAGGAUCAAGUCAGGACAGGAGAGCUUCUAGAAGACAGGAAACAACACAUAGUCAAUCAAAUGACAGUGAAGGCCAGUCAGAUAAAUGGGAAAGAUAUUCAACAUCAAGCCAUGGGCAUUCAAGAAAUGACCAUGGGGAAUCAGGAUCAGCAAGUAGAAAUAAAAGACAAACCCAGGAACAGUCAAGAGACAACACUAGACAUUCUAGUUUAGAUCACGGACAUACAGCCACAACCGAUAAACAGUCAGGAUCUAGAAUAAGAAGACAAGAAUCUACUCAUGGUCAGUCAAGAGAUACCACCACACAUACCCAGACUGGUCAUGGACAAUCCCCACAGUCAGGGUCCAGCAGGAGUGAAAGAAGGGGAUCUACUCACAGCGAGUCCAGUGACAAUGAAAGGCAUUCAGGAGCCUCACACAGACACUCAGGAUCCACUCAUGGCCAGGUUGGAUCUCAACAUGAACAGUCGAGAUCCACAGCUGAAGGCAGACACGGAACUACUCAUGGA